AUGACCGUUUACCGCCAUAUCGCAUUGAAUGAAUUGGCGUCUUGCAUCGACGUACCUGAAGAAGUCGAAGACGAUUUUGAUCUAGCGGGUAUAAUAGGGCUUUGUGGCUCUUUCCUAACGCUCCGAGGGCGCACAAUCUCUCUAGUUCAUCAGUCAACCAAGGAUUUUCUGCUUCGAGAAGCAGUCGAUGAGGUUUUUCCGAACGGAGAAGACAUGGUACACUAUUCCAUAUUUUCAAAGUCAUUAAGAGCCUUGGCCAGGACGCUACAAUGCGAUUUGUACAGCCUAGUGUCCCCCGGAUAUCCAAUCGAUCAGGUUAAACAGCUAGAUCCAGAUCCACUCGCCGCAAUACGGUACGCGAGUAUCUACUGGGCUAAUCACCUAAACCGCUGUUCUCCAAGCAAAAACGCGAUCGAAGACCUCCAGGAUAGUGGCUCGGUGGGUAUUUUCUUCCACGAUAACUACCUUCAUUGGCUCGAGGCUCUCAGCCUAUCAAGGAGCCUAUCAGAGGGAGUAGAUUCGAUACGAAGGCUGGAGAGAUUACUUGAGACAACCGCGGAGAAUUCGCUGCUACUUAGCAGAGUUCGAGAUGCACGCCGCUUUGUUCUAUACCAUACAAUCGCGAUUGAGAAUCAUCCACUUCAAGUGUACAGUUCAGGACUAAUAUUUAGCCCGGCCAGGAGCUUAACAAGGAUGCAAUUUACGACACAAGAGCCAGCGUGGAUAAUUCAAAAACCAACAAUUAGGGAGCGUUGGAGCGCCUGCCUACAGACCCUUGAGGGUCAUAGCGACUCAGUCUGUUCAGUGAUCUUCUCCCAUGAUUCCAAACUCAUUUCUUCGGCUUCAGAAGAUACUACCGUCAAGAUAUGGAAUGCUAGCAAUGGGCACUGCCUACACACCUUCCAGGGUCAUAGUGACCCUGUUAACUCGGUUACCUUCUCCCAUGAUUCUAAGCUCCUCGCCUCCGCUUCAAAUGAUGAAACCGUUAAGGUGUGGGAUGCUAGUAGCGGGCAUUGCCUACAAACCCUUGAAGGACAUAGUGAAUUGGUUUUCUCGGUCACUUUCUCUUAUGAUUCUAAGCUCCUCGCCUCAGCUUCAGACGAUGCUACCGUUAAGGUAUGGGAAACGAGCAGCGGGCACUGCCUACAAACCCUAAAGGGUCAUAGUAGCGGGGUUAGCUCACUGACCUUCUCCUAUGAUUCUAAGCUCCUCGCCUCAGCUUCAGACGAUGCUACCGUUAAGGUGUGGGAAACGAGUAGCGGGAACUGCUUACGCACGCUUAAGGGUCAUAGUAGCCGGGUUAACUCGGUUACCUUCUCUAAUGCUUCUGAGCUCCUCGCCUCCGCCUCAAACGAUGCCACUAUCAAGCUAUGGGACACUAGCAGUAGCGAGCACUGUCUACAGACCCUCGAGAGUCAUAGUAGCCAGGUUAACUCAGUCACUUUCUCCUAUGAUUCUAAGCUCCUCGCUUCCGCCUCAGAAGAUGCCACUAUCAAGCUAUGGGAUCCUAGCGGACACUGCCUACAGACCCUCGAGGGUCAUAGUAGUAGGGUUAUCUCAGUCACUUUCUCCUUUAAUUCUAAGUUCCUCGCCUCGGCUUCCAGCGAUAAAACCAUCAAGCUAUGGGAUACUAGCGGGCACUGCCUACAGACCCUAAAGGGUCAUAGUAGCUGGGUUAGCUCGGUUACCUUAUCCUAUGAUUCUAAGCUCCUCGCCUCCGCUUCAUACGAUGAAACCGUCAAGGUGUGGGAUGCUAGCACGGGUCGCUGCUUUCAGACCAUCGACAUUGGAACAGUCGCUUCAGUGAAAUCAUUUGACAUUACCAACUCAUACCUUGAAACUGAUAGAGGUACAAUUUGCUUGUCUUUAUUUUCAGAGAGAGGGCCGACCAACACCGACCCCGAAAUGCCACGAUUUAAAGGAUAUAAUAUCAGUUCCAAUGGUAGAUAUAUCUCUUUCAACUCGAACAUCCUGCUAUGGUUGCCACCGGAGUAUCGCCCAAUUUCUUCUGCCGGAUCACUUUCGACAAUCUGUCUUGGUUGUGCGUCGGGACAGGUGCUAUUUUUCACCUUUGAUUCCCCGAGGUUAUUGAAUCUCUUUGCCACGCACUGA